CUUCUGUUUCUGCAUAUCAUUUCUCUCUCUAAGAUCAGAAAUGGCCUUCGCAGCACUUGUUUCACUAGCAAAAACCAUCUAUCUCAUCCUCAAUUAUCAUCAAACCUCCAUCCCCACUCCAUUCAGAAAUCAGAUUAAAUCAAUCCACAAAAAUGUCUCCUUCCUGCAAGCAGUUCUUCCAGAUUUUCCAAAGACGCCAAGCAGUUUGGAACACAGAAUCAGAGACCUCGCAUACAAAGCAGAAGACGUUGUCGAAAUCGUAUGGUCGGACAAGGUUCGCGAUUCUUCGAAAUCCAAGCUCAAACAACCAAACCAGAAUCACGAAAACCUCUGUUACGACUUCCCCGAUCUGGAAAAAGUAACAAAGGAGGUUGAAGCGAUCGUGAAAGAAGUCAGGGAACGGCACAAGGAAGUCGUGGUUGGUUUCGACAAGGAGUUAAUCGAAGUGAAGGAAAAGCUUCUUCGCGACCAAUCUAAUUUGGAAUUCGUCCCAAUCGUCGGCAUGCCAGGGAUCGGGAAAACUACACUUGCCAAAUACACGUAUGAAGAUGCCUUGUUCGAGAAACAUUUUGAUGUUAGGGGUUGGAUCAGGGUCUCACAGCACUACAAUUUCGACCAAAUCGUUUCAAGCCUCGGAGCUUCCAUUGGAUUGUCGAAUGCCAAAAUCGAAAUGGAUGAUGUGUUCAGAAAAUUGGUUGACAGGCGUUAUCUGAUUGUGUUGGAUGAUAUAUGGAGUGUGGAGGCUUGGGAUGAGUUACAGAGGAUGUUUCCCGAUAACGGUAACAAAAGCCGAAUCAUGUUCACCACAAGGCUAUUAGAUUUGGCUACGAGCAUUGCCUCUGAUGGUAUCUGGAUCCAUCAUAUGCAGUUGUUGAACGAAAUCUCUAGCUGGGAGCUGCUUCGAAACAGGAUUUUCGGAGACAAGCCCUGCCCUUCUGAAUUGGAGCCUCUGGGGAGAAUGGUUGCAGCCUGCUGCAGCGGCCUUCCGCUUGCUAUUGUGGUCAUUUCAGGGCUGCUUGCUGUUGAUCAGAAAACAGUUGCUGUUUGGGAGAAAGUUGCUCAAGAUGUCAAGUCUGCUAUCUCUGAAAACGAUAGCCAGUUCGAUAAGAUACUCUCGCUAAGUUACACGCACUUGCCUCAUCAUCUGAGGCCUCUUUUUCUGUAUCUGGGAGGCUUUCCACAGGAUUAUGAGAUGCCUGUCUCAAAGCUCGUCAAACUGUGGGUGGCUGAGGGCUUUUUGAAGCAGAGUGGAUCUAAUAAAAGCCUCGAAGAGAUUGCAGAGGACUAUCUUGAGGAUCUCAUCAAGAGAAAUCUUGUAUCCGCUGCCAAGAGGAAGCCUAAUGGGAGGAUCAAGAGGUUCGGCCUCCAUGAUUUGAUGAGGGAAAUGUGCAUAAGAAAAGCGCAAGAGCACAACUUUUUCCUACACGUUCGCGGCUCUCUUGAUCAAGGCACCAAGAUUCUGCGCCGUGUGAGUGUGGCUCAUUCUGAUAUGGAUUUUCUCUAUGGCUCGGCCAUACAUACCGUGAUAUGUUUAUGUGACAGGAAACAAGGUAAAAAAUGCUCUUUUGAUAACUGUAGACUUCUUAGGAUACUGGAUUUGAUAGAUGCUCAAGAAUACUUCUACAAGAGUGAUAGCUCGUCUAAUUCUUUGCCUGAUCAUUUGUUUGAGCUGUUUCAUCUGAGAUAUCUUGCUUUGGACUAUCCCUUUAGUAUUCCUGCAGCCAUAUCCAAUCUUCGGAAUCUUCAAACUUUAAUCAUAGCUUUAGACAACCACCAUCUUAAGCCUGUUGAGUUGCCGGUGGAAAUUUGGAGGUUGCCACAGUUGAGGCAUAUCCUAAUUGCUUCUUGUGUCUUUCCAAGUGAACAAGGAGCGACGAUUGCACUAGAGAAUCUGCAAACACUAUUUAAAGCAGUAAAUUUUGUUUGUUCGGAGGAGAUCCUCGUGAAGAUCCCAAACCUGAAAAAACUGGGGAUCUUGUACAAGGGAGAUGAUGAAAAAACUUACGAGAAAGACUAUGAACUCCAAAAUCUUGCAACUCUUCAAACACUUGAAGAUUUGAAGAUUGAGAUGUGCAAUUUUCCCAAGGAAAAGCCGAGGCUUGGCCCUGAUUUUCCAAAGAAAUUGAAAAAUCUUACUUUGAGUGGUGUGGGACUUCCUUGGGAGGAUUUCAAAAUUGUGAGCUCGUUGUCCAAUCUUCAAGUGCUUAAACUAAGAGACAACGCUUGCAUUGGAGAAACAUGGGAAACAACUGAUGGAGGAUUUUCUCAGCUUGAAUUUCUGCUGAUUGACCAGUCACAUUUUGAGAAUUGGAUAACUGAAAGUAGUCACUUUCCAAGGCUCAAAUUCCUGGUGCUUCAUCAUUGUUGGAGUCUAGUGGGGAUUCCUGAGGAUGUUGGGGAUUUUUCAGCGCUUGAGCUCAUUGAGGUCGAUGACUGCAAUGCCUGCCUAAAAGAGUCAGCUAAAAUGAUGAAAAGUUAUCUGGAUGAUACGUAUGGAGAUGGCAUGGUCCUAGUCCGCUUCGUAACAGGCUAGGCAUACCUUAAGCUAUUUGAUGGCAUGGUUUUGUCUUCUUGGGUGAGUCUUGUUAUUUGUUUGAGUUUUCAGAGUCUGGAGUAUUCAUGUUAAAGUGUAGUUUAAUAUUUUGUAACAUUCAAUUUGAGCAAUGUUUUGUAUUAACAUCUGUUAUGGUU